CACUACCUGACUGCGGAUCAGUAGCUUAUGUUCGAAGAAGCUUGGUUACGGCACUGAAGCUUUGCUGGAAGAGAGAGAUUGUUUCUCAGUUGUGAGGUGAAACGAUCCAGAGCGACUGGCGACUCAACGAGACGAAAGUUACGGAUUUCGAUUAAAUUUGGUGCGUGAGUGAAGGGGGUGACGGACGAGGAUCUACACUAAAGUGAUCAGACGAUGCUUCAAGUGAGAUUCCUUGUCAAGUUCCUCUUCUUGACAAUUCUUUUCUUCAGUCUGAUAAAUGGUGCAUGGGGCCGGAACCAUAGAGUCGCUCGGAGUCACAGAUUCGGCUAUGCCAGAAAUCGCCAAGUGCUGUGGCAAGAAGAUCACAAGAAAUGUGGCGGGGAGAAUCAAUCGCCGAUACAGAUCAUCAGACAUCGUGCAAUACCUCUGCCGCUGAGAGCAGUGGAGAUGGUUGGCUACCACGACCCGUUACCUGGGCCUCUUAACCUCACAAACAAUGGACACUCAGUUAUGCUGAGACCAGAAGGGCUGACGAGGUCGAUGCACCCCCCUGCAGUAUACGGCGCCCUGCUCAAGGACCAUUACGUUAUGGACACGCUGCACUUCCAUUGGGGUCUACGUGAUUACAGGGGCAGCGAGCACAGAGUAAAUGGCGUAAGGUAUCCAAUGGAGAUGCACAUCGUCCACAGGAAACAAAGUUACGGAUCUGUCCAUGAAGCACUGGGCCAUAGCGACGGGCUCUCAGUCCUUGCGUUUUUCUUCGAGGUUAGAGAGAAGGACAACCCAACACUACAACCCUUGCUGCAGAAACUUCACCUAGUGAAGCUGGAAGGUCAGUCCGUUUACCUGGACUCCACUUUCACCAUGGCAUCGCUUCUGCCACGCGACCUUGAGAUAUAUUACACCUACCGUGGGUCUCUGACCACGCCGCCCUGCUCCGAGGCAGUCACCUGGAUCGUGUUUCCGGAGCCACAAUUCAUCUCUUACAUGCAGCUGAAGAAGUUCAGACGACUAUCUUCUGGAGAAUCCAAGAUAGCCGACAACUACCGCGUGCUGCAAGAACUCGGCAAUCGAAUCGUGUACGUCAGAAGAAUGUUUUCGGACACGUCGAGUGGGAACCUUACAAACGAUGAGCAACUCUGGUAUAACUGAAACCUGAGCUGGAGAUUGUUCCAGCGGGGACGAUUACAAGCAAUGAAAAAUUUUCUUUAGAGAAAUUGUUCUGGUUAAAUGUACAUCGAGCGGACUGAAAAUAUUUUGCCUGUAGCUUUGAAUUUGUUGGUUCUUGGUUUAAAGAAGAAAUAAAUAUUCAUAAUUUUUCAUCUCAAAUCACUUUGAAGUACAAACUACUAAGAAUAUAAAAUAUUAUUAGUCAGAUUUUAUAUAACCAAAAUAGUUUAUCAAUAAUAUAACAGAGUUUGUUACACAUACAGUAGACCAAAAUGUGUCAGGUCUCUAGCUCACAGGUAGAAGGAAAGCAAAUGCACGUACUACGUAAAAACAUUCAUUACUGACCUAGAAAUAAGCACUGUCGCUGGGAAAUAAUGUUUACAAAUUGAGAGUAGACGUAUAUUCUUCCUUACCUGCUACCUCUCCUGCCCUUUCAAUCCCAGUAUUUUAUUUCUAAUGGAUGCUGAAUGCACAGAUUUGCCCCUUCUACAGUACAUGGUAAAUUCUUAAUAUAUUGGGCAGCUGUAAAUACAGUAGAUUUUUAUUGUACUGAAUUGUAAAUUUGUUAUGAAUGCCUAAAUGUACAAGUGGAUGUAUUUAGAAAUUUGAAGGUAAAGUGCCUUAAAGAAUCUGUGCAAAUCUCUUGAUACUUGACCAUUAUAGACAUCUUUCAUAAGAAUAGCGAACACUCGCUAGCUGUCGGGUGCUAUUUACCCUUGGCAAAAGAAAGAAGGCUGAAAUAAAAGAAUAAUCAGCUCAUUUUUACAAAUUUAUCAAUGAAGUUUAUGUUACAUAUUUUAUUACUUGUUACGUCUUGAGUCGCCAAUCAUUAACGCCCAUUUGCUUUGU